AUGUUUCCCUUCAAGGUGAGCAAAUGGAUGGUGCUUGCCUGCCUCCACUCACUGGUGGUCUCCUCAUCCAACAUUCGCCAGAAGAAACCAAUCCACAAGCUGCAGGAAGAAAAGGUGUUUCGGGAAGAGAUGAGACACUUCCGUGAGAAAAUAGAAGGCUUCAGGGAAGAGAUGUGGAAUUUCCGUGGCAAGAUCUGCAAUUUCAGGGACCAGAUCUUGGGCAUUUGGGAAGAGAGACCUUUCUGGGAAGACGAGAAAACCUUCUGGAAAGAGGAAAAAGCCUUCUGGGAAAUGGAAAAAUCUUUCUGGGAAGAAGAGAAAGCCUUUUGGAAAAAGUACCGAAUCUUCUAGAAGGAAGAUAAGGCCUUCUGGAAGGAGGACAAUGCCUUGUGGGAAAGAGACCAGAACUUCCUUCAGGAGGACAAGACCCUGUGGGGGGAAGAAAAGGCCCUGUGGGAGGAGGAAAGAGCCCUUCUGGAGGAGGAGAAGGCCCUGUGGGAGGAUAAAAAGUCCCUCUGGGAGGAGAAGGCCCUCUGGGUGGAAGGGGGUGCUCAGGUUGUGGAGGAGCACAGGCUGGCAGGGGGGCACCGCAACGUCAAUGGGGGGCCCCGGUCGGCAGCCUCCUGCCGCGGCAGGGUGUGA